CUCUAUGUUCUUUUAAGUCUUAGACUCUCUUUUAGUAUGGUCUUGAGUGUAGGAAGCUGCUUCUUUUAAAGGAUUUUUUUGAUUAUACAGAAAAAUUGAAGAAAGAACGAUGUUUACUGCAAAUGCAAAAAUCAUAAAGAGUGGCGGCGCCGAAGCCGACCAGUUUGAAGCUAGUAUCUCACAAGCUCUUUUAGAGCUAGAAAUGAAUAGUGAUCUUAAAUCACAACUGAGAGAGCUUUAUAUUACCAAGGCAAGAGAAAUUGAAACCAACAAUAAAAAGUCAAUAAUUAUUUAUGUACCAAUGCCAAAAUUAAAGGCAUUUCAAAAGAUUCAUACGAGAUUGGUACGCGAGUUGGAAAAGAAGUUCUCUGGUAAACAUGUUAUGUUUGUAGGAGAACGAAAAAUUUUACCUAAACCAACCAGGAAAACGCGUACAAAGAAUAAGCAAAAGAGACCAAGAAGCCGCACAUUGACUGCUGUCUACGAUGCACUUCUAGAAGAUUUGGUCUAUCCAGUUGAAAUUGUUGGUAAACGCAUUCGCGUUAAAGCAGAGGGAAAACAACUUAUUAAAGUUCAUUUGGAUAAAAAUGAGCAGACUAACAUCGAACAUAAGGUCGACACUUUCGCCUCUGUUUAUAAGAAACUGACGGGUCGUGAUGUAACAUUUGAAUUUCCUGAAUCAUAUGCAUGAUUUCAUAAAAAAUAAAUACUCUUAAAAUAAUUCCAACUUAGUUAUUUGAUAUCAAUUUUAAAUAGAUAAUUUUAUCUAUUAUAUUUUUAUAUUACUUCACCGUUUAUGAUCACCUCCACAUAAUUAUCCCACAUUUCCAAAGUUCGUCUUUUUGUAGUCAACGGCACACGAUCCGUUUUUUGUUUUUUUUUUUCGAAUGAAUCAUCUAUUCAUUUAACUAACUGUAUUCACGUUACUUGAAUUUAGUGAUCUGGUAGGAACUAACAUUUCAACGUGUUUCGGUCAUUUAUAAUUUUAUUUAUUAUAUGCCAUAUGUAAAAAUGAAGUCAAUAUGACCAUAUUCAUUGCUAAGCAAAAAUAUUGCAUUAUAGCUACUUCAAUUGGGAGCGAUUUUUGCACGUUAAUUUCAUUUUGUCUGUACCAAGAGUAAAGUAUUAAGAUUUGAUUUAAUAUUCUUGGAAAUUAAGUAUUUAUUUACAAAUAUUAUGUAGUGAUUGUAGAAAAAAUUGAUUAAUUUCAAACUUACAUAGUUAUCAUGUCAGCAAACUCUAAAGUUUGCGGCCUAAUUCUUAAAAGUAUCAAACUUGCUGUUAAUUCGCCUGUCUCGAUCGCACCAUCUAUCGUUCCAGGCCAUUGUGUAGCAUAUUCACUCGCAGCGAAAAAGACUCUAGUAGAAAGAUAAAAACUACUUUUAAUAAACUACUUGAAAAAUA